UCUUUGUGUUGUUUCCGCGCACUGAGUGCAAUUUGUUGAUGGACUUUGUUACUGUGCCUGUUUGUCCACCUUAUGUGUAAGUUCUGUUGUGUGUCUGUGCUGUGUACACUGUGUGUCCUAGUCUGUAUGUGUCUACACUCUGUAAUCACCUCUUUAUUGUAAGUAUGUGUCGUGCAUAUGGUGUGGUGUGAACUUGUAGCUGUGCUGUGUCUCUGUGCUGAUCGUGCUGCGAGCGCAGGGUGUUGUGCGUUUAUGUUGUGUGAAUCCGGUUUGGGUUGCCCUGGAUCCUGUCUGCGCUGUGAGUCUGCACCUUCCUGCUGUGUCUGUGCCCUGUGCGCAAAGCUGUUUCCUUGACAAGUGUGCGCCUGCUCUAAGCGCCGCGCGCGUCUGGUGCUGCUUCUGUGAGUGCGGGCGUUGUGCCUGCACCCCCGCGGCGCGGCGGUGUGGCAGCACUGCAGCUGCGCCCGUGCACUCGCGCCGCGUGUCUGCGCCCGGCGCGCGGGGGCGGCGGGGGCGGCCUGGAGGCGGGCGCGCGGGCGGGCGGGUCGCUGCGGGGCCCCGCGGCCGCGGGCUCCAAUGGCAAGGCCGGCACGGCCCCCGUUAAUUACAUAAGCGGGACGUCAAUAAUUCGCGGGAAAACGCGAAAAAGAUGGCGCCCCGCGCCCGGGGGGCCCCUUCCUGAGCGCCCCGGCCCCUCCCUUCUCUUCCUCCCCCCUCCUCCCCGCGGCGCCCCCGCCCCGCCCCGCCCCCGCCGAGACCCCGACCCCGGCCCCACAGGCGGACACUCGGCCGGGCAGCCGCGGGCCGAGUGCAUCGGUCUCUGCCGCUGAUGCGCUUGGUGGCCAGACUCCAGGUGGGACCGGCGGACACGCAGGCUCGCGUAAGAGUGGAAACCAAUGGAGAAUCGAGCCCUGGACCCAGGGACUCGGGACUCCUAUGGUGCCACCAGCCACCUCCCCAACAAGGGGGCCCUGGCAAAAGCCAAGAACAACUUCAAAGACCUGAUGUCCAAGCUGACAGAGGGCCAGUAUGUGCUGUGCCGAUGGACAGAUGGACUGUAUUACCUUGGGAAGAUCAAGAGGGUCAGCAGUUCAAAGCAGAGCUGCCUUGUGACUUUUGAAGAUAAUUCCAAGUACUGGGUCCUGUGGAAGGACAUACAGCAUGCUGGAGUUCCAGGGGAGGAGCCCAAGUGUAACAUCUGCUUGGGGAAGACAUCAGGGCCGUUGAAUGAGAUCCUCAUCUGUGGCAAGUGUGGCCUGGGUUACCACCAGCAGUGCCACAUCCCCAUAGCGGGCAGUGCCGACCGGACUCUGCUCACACCUUGGUUCUGCCGACGGUGCAUCUUCGCGCUGGCUGUGCGGAAAGGCGGCGCGGUGAAGAAGGGCGCCAUCGCCAGGACGCUGCAGGCGGUGAAGAUGGUGCUAUCCUACCAGCCUGAGGAACUCGAGUGGGACUCGCCCCAUCGCACCAACCAGCAGCAGUGCUACUGCUACUGUGGCGGGCCGGGAGAGUGGUAUCUGCGGAUGCUGCAGUGUUUCCGGUGCAGGCAGUGGUUCCAUGAGGCUUGCACCCAGUGCCUCAAUGAGCCCAUGAUGUUUGGUGACCGGUUCUACCUGUUCUUCUGCUCAGUGUGUAACCAGGGCCCAGAAUACAUCGAGAGGCUACCCCUGCGAUGGGUGGAUGUGGUUCACCUGGCCCUCUACAACCUGGGGGUGCAGAGCAAGAAAAAGUACUUUGACUUUGAGGAGAUCCUGGCCUUUGUCAACCACCACUGGGAGCUUCUGCAGCUCGGCAAGCUCACCAGCACCCCCGUGACUGACCGAGGACCGCAUCUCCUCAACGCGCUGAACAGUUACAAAAGCCGGUUCCUCUGCGGCAAGGAGAUUAAGAAGAAGAAGUGCAUCUUUCGCCUGCGAAUCCGAGUCCCACCCAACCCACCAGGGAAGCUGCUGCCUGACAAGGGCCUGGUGCCCACCGAGAAUGGCGCCUCCUCUGAGCUGCGUAAGAGAGGAAAGAGCAAGCCUGGUUUGUUGCCUCACGAAUUCCAGCAGCAGAAAAGGCGAGUUUAUAGAAGAAAAAGAUCAAAGUUUUUGCUGGAAGAUGCUAUUCCCAGUAGUGACUUCACCUCGGCCUGGAGCACCAACCACCACCUGGCCAGCAUAUUUGACUUCACAUUGGAUGAAAUUCAGAGUUUAAAAAGUGCCAGCUCAGGCCAGACUUUCUUCUCAGACGUGGACUCCACGGACGCCGCCAGCACCUCUGGCUCCGCCUCCACCAGCCUGUCCUACGACUCCAGACGGACAGUGGGCAGCCGGAAGAGAAAGCUGGCAGCCACGGCGUACAUGCCACUGCGGGCAAAGCGGCGGGCAGCUGAGCUGGGGGGGCACUGCCCCUCGGACAGCAGUGCAGAGGGGGCUUCAGGCCCUGAGCGGCCAGACGAAGGCAUCGACAGCCACACAUUUGAGAGCAUCAGUGAAGAUGACUCGUCCUUGUCCCACCUGAAGUCGUCCAUCACUAACUACUUUGGCGCAGCUGGGCGGUUAGCCUGUGGGGAGAAGUACCAGGUGUUGGCUCGUCGGGUCACACCUGAGGGCAAGGUUCAGUACCUGGUGGAGUGGGAAGGGACCACCCCUUACUGACCAGCCCUCAGGGGAUGCCAGGAGCCCUGGGAAGCAAAGAGGGGACAGUGGAAGCCACAGGCUCCCUGGUUCUCUUCAGGGUGGGGUGGGGGAGGGAGGCAAGACCGAGCUGCAAGUGCCCGGCACAGCCCUGCCCCCCACACCUUCCAGGCCAAGGUCUGCGCCUCACUGCUGCGCCCAUUCUGCCCUCCGGCUGCUUCAGGCUCAUCGCCCCUUUGCCUGUGUCUCUAAGGUCCCCGCGUCUCCACACCCUCCCCACUCCCUCCAGCUGCUCACCUGUUCCUCUAAACAUGUGUUCCCUUGGCCCUGGCACCCUUUUUCCUGAAGCCCAAGUGUGUCUUUGUCCCCAACUUUGUGUCACUUACCUCUUGACCCUUUGGGGGUGUUUAGACACCCUCCACAUGCACACUGUCCCGCCCAUCUGACUCAUGGGGCAGCCAGUGCCCCGAGGACCACCUGUGAGAACAGGAACCUCUGAGGAAGAAUGUGUGAAGGUGCGUGAGGGGCGCUCUCGGGGCUCCCCCCCACUUUCCUGCCCCCACCCCUGCACCCCCCAGCCCUGGAAAAGAGGGUGAGGGUAGCAGGCCUCCAUGAAAGCCUGGGUGGUGCAGCCCCCACAACUCUCAGGAGCUGAGGUGUGAAGAGGCUGGGUCUGCACCUCCAGGUACCAACACCGGAGCCCAACUGUCAAGGCUCAGAGUGAGGGCUGCAGUGUCAGCUUCCAGGUCCUGGUUUCCCUUUGCUUGGCCACACCCCUCCUAGUGACCCUGGAGCUGGGCCUGGCCUUGCAGGAAUAGAGGUGGCCUUGAAAACCUGAGGCACAGGGAGAGCGAGUGGGAGGAAAGGCAGGCAUUUUGUGCCAAACCUCAGACUUUCCCACACCUGCCACCCCAGAGCACUGCAUGUGUAGCCAAAGGCAGGUCCCUCACACAGAAGCUUCUGUCCAUACAUACUCUCACUCUGGGCACAAACAUUUGGCCCCUGGUCUCCAGGCGUGUACACACACACACACACACUGUCCCUCCAGUGACAUCCUGCCCUUGUCUCCCUUGCUGCCCCCCUUCCAGGGACCAUGCGCUGCAACAAAAUGUGAAAGUCCAGCCCCUGCCCCUCCCUCAGCCCAUGAACCAGAGCUGGACUAGCCCUGACCCCGCCGGCACAGGGACGUGCCCGCUGGCUCCUCUGCCUUAUUCCUUGCCCCACCCUGAAAUGACAAUCACUUUUUGGGACAGGUUGGGAGUGUUAAGGGCCUGCGUCACUUAUUCCCCUCAAAGGGAAGCCCUUGUCAGUGGGAUAUAAAUAGAAUGCUUAGAGCCAACAUUAAAACUCAUACCCAUCUGGAGGGAAACCAAAAAUGGGAGGGGGGCUCCUCAUUUUAGCUGCUUCCAGAAAUGUUAGAAACUGACUUGAUUGAAAAAUGGAAAAAAGUGCCUUGAUGGGGGGGCGGGGUGUGCACCAGAUGGGGACCAGCCCUGCCAAGUGCUGCUGGGGCCUCCGGCUUGGCUGGGAUCUGCAGCCUGCCAGCUGCAAGGCGAAGGCGGAUGAACAGUGAGGGGCUGGUUACCGUUGUAGCCUGGCCCCUGCCACCUGGCAGCCUUCAGGGGCUCCCUGCGGCUGUUCAGACGCCCCUUGCCUUCAGCCUCAGCUCCCACAGUGCCUUUCCAAUGGGACCCCACUUCCUGUGCUCAGCCCUCCCACUUCCCUUUGCUUCCCUGGCGUGGACCAGACAGGGAUGCGUUGGGCCCAGCGCUCCCCCUUCCCAGCCCCACAGCUGCUGCCACCAAAUCCCCCAACUGGGGCUGGGUGGAAGGGGAGCUGAGAAGGUGGCCCCCAGCCCAGCAGGGGUGUAGCCUGGGGUCCAUCCUGUGGCUUGCUGCCUGGCUCCAGAGAGCACCGCAACCUCCUGGGCCUGCUCUCCAGUCUCCUGAGAAAGAACAGGCCCAGCAAGGCAGUCGCUGUGUACCUGCAUCUCUGUCUCCAAUGCUUGGGCUCCGGAGAGGCUCCUGGCUUAAAGAGGGGGGAGGGGAGGGUGCCUUCCCCUCUGGCGAAGUGAGAAGUGAGCAUAAGGCCUGGCGAGGUCGCGGGACUGGGCCCCCCAGCACUUCGUACUGGAUCAUAGCUGCGUUACUGCCACCUGACCUUAUGAUAAUCCUGUGCACCUUCUAAGAGUUAUGGUUUUGAAUUGCUGCUUUAAUAACAUUUGUUAUAUUAAAGUUUAAUUAAUGUG